AGAACAAACCUUCAUUCCUCCAUCGGUUUCAGUUAGGUUGACCUGCAUGUUACAUACACAUGUGGGUCCGAAUGUUGACUUGAAUCUUUACACUAGUAGGGCCCUACUACUGACAACUUAGUUUAUUUUCACGAGCUUUACAAUGUCUUUCUUCAUUAAAGGAACCAAAAGCGUCAAAACGCCGAUCGCUGUGAAAAAGGCAACAAUAUCGAAGCGAAAGGGUGACGUCGACGCUGGGGGGAAAACUAAAGGCAAAAAACAGAAUUCAAAAUAUAAUGAAGAGAUUUCCAGCGACUCUGAAACUGAGAGUUCGAUAGUUGCCAAGAAAAGGCCGGCCAGAGAAGAGCAUGACUUUGACGAGACACCGCAAGAGAAGAAACUCAGAUUAGCCAAACUUUACCUCAACCAGUUAAAGGAACAAGAAGAAGAAAAGGGUGAAGAUGAGGCAUUUGAAACAGAAGUAAUUGCUGGAAGACUUCAAGAAGAAGUGCUUGAGCAUAAAGGCAAACUACAGCGACUCAUUGCCAAAGAUCUGUUGCCACCCGACACUUCCGAAAUCCGUCUAUUAAGAGGACACAAGCUCCCAAUUACCUGCCUGGUCAUCAGUCCUGAUGAUAAAUGCAUCUUCUCUGCCUCCAAAGAUUGCUCCAUCAUUAAAUGGGAUAUCGAAAGCGGGAAAAAACUGCGGGUCAUACCCGGUGGGAGGAAAGGCACGGAAGAUCGCCACAUCGGACAUACGGCUCACGUGCUUUGUAUGUCCAUAUCAUCCGACGCAAAAUACUUGGCCACGGGAGACAUGAACAAACUGAUCAUGAUUUGGGAAGCUGAAACGUGCAAGCAUCUUUAUAAAUUCACAGGACACAAAGGCCCCGUGUCGGGUCUCUCGUUCAGGAAGGGAACACAUGAUCUUUACAGUGCCUCACACGAUCGCUCCAUCAAAGUCUGGAAUGUGGAUGAAAACGCCUAUGUGGAAACCCUCUUCGGCCAUCAGGACGCCAUCACGGGACUUGACAGCCUGAGCCGAGAACGUUGCGUGACCGCCGGCGGACGCGACCGUACUGUGCGUGUGUGGAAGAUUGCCGAGGAGUCGCAGCUCGUGUUUCACGGUCACGAGGGGUCAAUAGAUUGCAUCCAACUCAUUAAUGAGGAACACAUGGUCACAGGAGCUGACGACGGCUCCGUGUGUCUUUGGAGUGUUAAUAAGAAGAAACCCCUCAGCACGGUGAAGCAGGCUCACGGUUGCCAUGGCAACGUCGGGCUAGAGCAGCCUCACUGGGUGGCCGCGGUGGCCGCGCUUCAGAACACCGAUGUCGUAGCCUCAGGUGCCUCUGGCUGUUCCAGCAACUCACAGGUGCAGCUGUGGAAAUGUGGUCAGAAUUAUCGAGGGCUUGAGCAACUCUUCAGUAUUCCUGUGAUCGGUUUUGUCAACAGCCUGAAGUUUUCGCACUCUGGUCACUUCUUGGUGGCGGGAGUUGGACAGGAGCACAGGUUGGGUCGAUGGUGGAGACAAAAAGAGGCCAAGAAUGGAAUCUUUAUCAUUCCCCUUAAGAGGAAGCCUCCAAAUCAAGAUCAAGCCCAGACAGAAGAAUAAUGGACUUAUUUUUGUUUUGUAAAUAAAAGGUGUUUAAUACCCUCUGCCACAAUCUUGCUUUUUAUUUUUGAAAAACAGUUUUCUAUAACGAUACAGCUGUUGCUUUUUGCAAAAAACAUUAACCAUGUAAAUUGUUAUGUGAGGACAAAUGCGUGGAUCACUACACUCCCUUCUAAAAGCAUGUUUUGCUGUGCACUGAAAACAUUUGGAUUUGACUUCAAAGCAUGAAUAUCCAGAAGAGAUCAACAGUUCAGCGAUUAUUUUUGGAUCAAUAUACGUAACUGGAUUUGAUGCUCAAAUGAUUUCAUCGGCAUAUGUAACAAGUGCCACAUAAAGUAUUUCAAACUUUUGUGUUGGUAUGUUUGUUUUAAUGUUUGUUUUCCCAUCUUCACUUAGCUUCACAAUUCUGUGUUCUAUGGGAUUCAGGUCUGGACUCAUUGCUGGCCUCUUUAGAAGUCUCCAGUGCUUUCUUUCACACCAUUUUCUAGUGCUUUUUGAAGUGUUUUGGGUCAUUGUCCUGCUGGAAGACCCAUGACCUCUGAGGGAGACCUAGCUUUCUCACACUGGGCCAUACAUUAUGCUGCAAAAAUUUGUUGCUAGUCUUCAGACUUCAUAAUGCCAUGCACACGGUCAAGCCAAGUGCCAAAGGGAGCAAAGCAACCCCAAAACAUCAGGGAACCUCCACUAUGUUUGACUGUGGGGAAUGUGUUCUUUUCUCUGAAGGCCUCAUUUUUUUAUUUUUUUUUCCCUGUAAACUCGAUGUUGAUGCCUUUUCCAAAAAAGCUCUACUGUUUUCACAUCUGACCAGAGAACAUUCUUCCAAAAACUUUUUGACUUUCUCAGGUAGGUUUUGGCAAACUCCAGCCUGGCUUUUUUAGGUCUCUGGGUCAGUAGUGGGGUCUUCCUGGGUGUCCUACCAUAGAGUCCCUUUUCAUUCAGACGCUGACCGAAAUUACGGGUUGACACUGUUGUACCCUCGGACUGCUGGACAGCUUGAACAUGUUAGUCGAGGUUCUUUAUCCACCAUUCGUACAAUCUUCAGAUGAUCUCUCUCGUCAAUUUUUCUUUUCCAUCCACAUCUAGGGAUGUACAGUAAGCCACCGUGCCAUGGGCUUUACACCUUUUGAUGAUACUGCACACGGUAGACACAGGAACAUUUAUGUCUUUGGAGAUGGACUUGUAGCCUUGACAUUGCCCAUGCUUCCUCACAAUUCCUCAGACAGUUCUUUGGUCUUCUUUCUUUUCUCCAGGCACAAUGUGGUACACACAAGGACACAGGACAGAGGUUGAGUCAACUUUAAUCAAUUUUAACUGGCUGCAAGUGUGAUUUAGUUAAUGCCACCACCUGUUAUAUGCCACAGGUAAAAUACGGGUGCUGUUAAUUACACAAAUUAAAGAAGCAUCAAAUGAUUUUUCAGAGGUUACCAAUAAUUUUGUCCGGCCCAUGUUUAGAGUUUAGUGUAAAAUGAUAAUGA